CGCUUAUGCCAGAAGCUCAAAACAGUUUCGCCGCAGAUCUCAACCGAAUCAGAGGUGCAAUCGCUUAAUUCCCACAAAAAACAAAAAAACAGUAACUAUCCAAUUAUUAAAUAGUUGCUAAAAAGCUUUAAAAAUGUUGCGACUUUUGGCUACCCUGGCUCUGUGUGCCACAAUUUGCUCUGCCGCCCAGACGCGCAACCUGCCGAUACAGGCCAUCGCCUAUGUGAGCGGACCGGAGGUCAAGGGCAAUGUUACUUUCACCCAAAACGAUUGUGGCCAGAAUGUCCAUGUCCGCAUCCAACUGGAGGGCCUCAAGGAGGGCAAGCACGGCUUCCACAUUCACGAGAAGGGAGAUCUGAGCAACGGCUGCACCAGCAUGGGUGGUCACUACAAUCCCGAUAAGGUGGAUCAUGGAGCACCUAGCGAUAAUGUCCGACAUGUCGGUGAUCUGGGUAAUCUGGAUGUGAACUCCACUGGCAAAAUCGACAUUACCUACACGGAUACCGUGAUUACCCUUACUGGCGUUCGUACCAUCAUUGGUCGCGGCGUUGUCGUCCACGAAGAUGAAGAUGAUCUGGGUCUGGGCAACCAUACGGAUUCCAAGAAGACUGGCAACGCAGGCGGACGAAUUGCCUGCGGGGUUAUUGGUAUCAAUGCUCCUCCGCCAGAACACCAAGAAUCACCCGAACCUGUAUCUGUAUCCGCACCACAACCACGCCAACACCACCAUCAUCAACCACUGUACUAUGUGCCCCAUAGGGAGCCACAAGAUCACGUUGUCUAUCCCUUACAGCGGUAUCCACCCUAUCCGCUGCCAUACCCAUACCCAUCAUACCCAUACCCGUAUCCGUAUCCGUUGUCACACCAAUUGUACCUAUAAGAUGAUGUAGCUGAAGACUAGAAAUACUUUAAUUGCAGCUCGGACGUCGACGAGUGGCCAUGCCGGACAGGUGGCGCCGGUGUCCUGCGCAACUCUCUUUCCAUUCUGACCGUUGUAGUAGCUCUCUUUUUGGCCAGCAGCAUAAACUAACCCAGCAUCCAGCACCCAGUUUGGAACCAAUAUGGCAUGUGGCAUGUAGGACUGACCAUCUUAGUGAUCCGCAUCCGCACUCACCACCUCAGAGCUUAACACACACCCACAUGUGAUUACACACCCAAAACUCACACCCACACUUAAGUAAUUACAACACGCCAGCAAAGAUCAGCAUUAUAUUAUUUUUGAACAAGAUUAAUAAUAAACUUUGUUAAAUAUA